GGCAUGAACGACAAUCGAAAGCGGAUUUCAGCUGAACACGACACAUCGAUGGCUGCCACACAUCGAUAUCUUCAUUAGUCAUUUUUUUACACAAAAGCAAGAGGAAAAACGGUACAAGUGAGAUUAUUCAGCAAAUUCGUUGCAAUAUUUCGGCUUAAUUAAUGCAAAUUACAACACUUUUGAUGUACGUAAUAAACCAACAGCAGUAACCUGGCAGCUGCCCAAUUAGGAGAACAGCAGAUAUAAAAAUAUAGUGUGUACGUUGUUAUUGUGACGCAUGAAAAUCGAUUGCGUAGCAGAGACAAAAACACCAAAUACAAUAAAGUGCAAGUGCAACAAAUAAAUACAGAGUAAAUUGACGAAAACGACGACGUAAUUCAAUAAGAAUUACAACAAUUACAGCACACAUAAUUAAUAGGCAGCUGAGUGAGCGUCUGUUCAAAGAAAUGGGCAUAUUUGGGCAAUCGUCGCCCUUCGACGCCGAUGUGGAAAAGGCAACCAGCGAGACAAAUACGAAUGAUAACUGGUCGUUCAUCCUCGAUGUGUGCGACAAGGUAACAACCAAUCCGCGCCUGGCCAAAGACUGUCUCAAGGCGGUGAUGCGACGCAUGGGCCAUGCUGAUCCCCAUGUCGUUAUGCAGGCCAUCACAUUGCUGGACGCAUGCGCCAACAACUGUGGCAAGCCGUUCCAUCUCGAGGUGGCAUCGCGUGACUUUGAAACCGAGUUUCGGCGACUGCUCAGCAAAGCGCAGCCAAAAGUCUCAUUGAAAAUGCGUCAAGUGCUGAAGAACUGGGCCGAGAGUGAUUUCAAGAAUGAUCCGGAACUGAAUCUGAUACCAUCGCUGUAUGCCAAAUUGCGCAGUGAGGGUUACGAAUUUAGCAAUCUGAACGAUAAGAGCAACAGCAAGUCAGCGGCAGCCAAAGCGGCAGCUGCCACAUUGGCCAAGGAUCCGAAUGUGGUCAGCAGCCAGCAGGAAGAGGAUGACAUAGCCAAGGCCAUUGAGCUGUCACUGAAGGAGAACAAGGGCAGUCCCAAGCAACAGCAUCAAAGUGCUGGCGCUGCAGCAACUGCUGCUGCCGCAACAACAGCAACAACAACAACAACCAGCGGUGCCUAUCCCUCGCUAUAUCCCUCAUUUGGCGGCAGCUCCUCCUCGGCCACGCCGAGCAAUGGCAAUGGCAAUGGCAGCAGCAGUGCCCCCGCCGCCUCUGCCGCUUCAUCAGCUCGCACUGUUCGUGCUUUGUAUGAUUUCGAGGCGGCCGAGGAAAAUGAGUUGACAUUCUUUGCUGGCGAGAUAAUCCAUGUGGUGGAUGAUAGCGAUGCCAAUUGGUGGAAGGGCUACAAUGAUCGCGGCGAGGGACUGUUUCCCUCCAAUUUCGUCACUGCCGAUUUGUCAGUGGAUCCCGAGCGUUUGGACAUCAAUCAGCAGCAGAAAGCCAAUGCUCAGAAGCAGGCAGCCGCCGAGGAGGAGGAGGCGGCGGCGGCGGAGGCGUUGCUGCAACAAAAGACUGAGGCGGCUGCCGCCGCACAGCAGCCCGUCGAAAUUGAUGAAGCCAAAAUCGAUCGUUUGCUGCAUCUGUUGCACGAGGCCAAUCCGGAGGAUCCGUCGCAGGAUAGCGACGAGAUGUUGCGCCUCGAACAGCAGGUCCAUCAAAUGGGCCCGCUCAUCGAUGCGGAACUGGAGCGUGUAGAUCGCAAGCAUGCCCAGCUGACACAGCUCUCCAGUGAUCUGGUCGAUGCCAUCAAUCUGUAUCACACCCUAAUGCGUGAUGAUCGUGCAGCUGCCGCACAAUUUGCUGGCGCCAGUUUUAUGCCAGGUGGUUUUCCUGGCGCAGCGCUUUACGGUGCACCCGGCUAUCCCAGUGGUGCUGUUGGCGGCGGUUUUCCUACCGGCCAAAGCUAUCCGGGCAUGCACUCGUCGCUGCCGUAUGCACCACAGCAGGCGAACAAUGCGGCACCGCCGACAACUGCAUCCGCUGUCCAGGGCUAUCCCGGACAAGUUCCCAUGCCAUACCAAAAUGGACAUGUUCCACAGCUGAACUCGCUGCCGCCUCAUCUGACCCAAUCGCCGGCUGCGUCUGUGCAGCCACCACAUCCCAGCCAUCCUCAGCCCAUUUAUAAUGCCCAGCCCACACCAGUCACUACUCAACAGCAGCAGCAGCAGCAGCCACCCACAAAUUAUCAUAUGCCACUGCCUACGGAUCAGCAGCAGCAACAGCAGCAGCAGCAAAUGCCGCCAUCGACGCUUCCACAGCAAUUUGCUGCCGCACCACCAGGAGCACCACAAAUCCAACAGCUGCCGCCGCCUCAUGCUUAUAUGUCGCCACAGCAUCAGCAGCAACAUCCACAGCAGCAGGCCUAUUUGCCACCAGGCGCAACAGUCCAAGCGCCACAGCAAUUCUAUGCGCCCAAUGGAGCUCCACCGGCUACACAGGGCUAUAUGGCGCCGCAACAACCACAGCAACAACAGCAGCAGCAGCCACAACAGCAACAGCAGCCACUUAAUCACAAUGAUCAUUUUAGUCAGCUACAUCAGCAAAUGGCGGCCAUGUCGAUGGCGCAUCUUGGUGCCAUGCCACCAGGUGGAGCAGUUGGGCCAGCACCGGUGCCAGCAUAUCAUAUGCAAAACGAUGCCGUCAAGAAUAACAUUCCUAUCUAUCAGCAGCAGCGGUAAAACCGUCAGCCAGCAAUCGAUUUCUUCACAUGGCUCGCAUCAAUUUGACAACAAGUCUUUGUUUGUUUUACCAAUUCAACUGUUCCAAAAGAUAUUUAAACAUCAUUUUGCAAUUAUUGUUUGAACUUGAAUUUGAAUUUUAUAAUUAAGGCAUCUGAAUUUCUCUAUUAAUUGCCAAAGUAUCUACUAAAAUGGAAAUUUCUUUUGGGUUAUUCUUUUUAUUUACCAAAUCUCGGCUUAUUAUUUCCAAGAAAAUGUUUGCAGGAGCGCCAAAAACUAAGUUUUUAAAUGAAGUGAAGGGAAAAGAAAAUGUUUGUUUUAAUACAAUCUAUAACAUAUACUAUAUAAAUAUUCAAUAAUAUGUAUAACUCUAUAUUGAACGAUGAGCAAGAGGAACACAGAACAGAAUUCACUAUCACUAUUAUGUAUUAUGUUUAUUCUAUUACUAUUAUAAUUAUACGAUAACAAAAAAAAAAAAAAAAGAAAUAGCAAACGAAACGAAUCACAUUCAUUAUGCAACUUUACGCAAAACAUUAAAUGUUGAUCAGCUUCAAAUGCUGAUUAAUUAUUAAUACAA